AUGUACCCAACUCUACUAGUAAUACGUGUAACCAGUUAUGUUCUGCUUAUCUCCACGGUCCUCCUCCGACGAGGGAUAUUUGAGUCCAUCGAAAGCGGCCCAUCGGGUGCUGAAGAACUAGCCUUUAAAUUUGCUUUAAACACAAUCAACAGAAACAGAACGCUACUGCCAAACACUACUCUUACUUAUGACAUCCAAAGGAUAAACAUCUAUGACAGCUUCGAGUCCUCCAGAAAAGCCUGUGACCAGCUUUCUCUUGGAGUGGCAGCUAUAUUUGGUCCUUCUCACAGUUCUUCAGCCAAUGCCGUCCAGUCGAUCUGUAAUGCAUUGGGAGUGCCUCAUAUCCAGACUAAGUGGAAGCACCAGGUUUCAGACAACAAAGACAUCUUCUACGUCAGCCUGUAUCCAGACUUCUCAUCCUUAAGCAGAGCGAUCCUGGACUUGGUGCACUUCUUCAAGUGGAAGACAGUCACAGUUGUUUAUGAUGACAGCACUGGUUUGAUUCGAUUGCAAGAACUUAUAAAGGCUCCAUCACGCUACAGCAUUCGAUUAAAGAUCCGGCAGCUUCCUGCAGAGAACAAAGAUGCUAAACCAUUAUUGAAGGAGAUGAAGAGAGGGAAGGAGUUUCGCAUCAUCUUUGACUGUAGACAUGAAAUGGCUGCUGGGAUUCUAAAACAGGCUCUUGCCAUGGGAAUGAUGACAGAAUACUACCACUAUAUAUUUACCACACUGGAUCUAUUUGCCCUUGAUGUGGAGCCUUACCGGUACAGUGGUGUAAACAUGACUGGCUUUAGGAUUCUCAACACUGAGAAUAGCCAGGUGGCAUCCAUCGUAGAGAAAUGGUCCAUGGAACGACUUCAGGCUCCCCCUAAGCCUGAUUCUGGUCUCUUGGAUGGCUUCAUGACAACGGAUGCUGCACUAAUGUACGAUGCUGUGCAUGUGGUGGCCGUGGCUGUGCAGCAGUCUCAGCAGAUCACCGUCAGCUCAUUACAGUGUAACCGACAUAAGCCUUGGCGAUUUGGGAACCGAUUCAUGGCCCUCAUCAAAGAGGCCCACUGGGAUGGCCUGACUGGAAGAAUAACUUUCAACCAGACCAAUGGCUUAAGGACCGAUUUUGACCUUGAUGUUAUCAGCCUGAAGGAAGAGGGGCUAGAGAAGAUUGGCACCUGGGACCCUUCAAGUGGCCUUAACAUGACUGAUAACCAGAGAGAGGAGACAACUAACAUAUCAGAUUCUUUAUCCAACCGUUCCCUCAUCAUUUCAACAAUACUGGAGGAGCCAUAUGUGAUGUUCAAGAAAUCUAAUAAGCCUCUGUAUGGGAAUGACCGCUUCGAAGGCUACUGCGUUGAGCUCCUGAGAGAGCUCUCCAACAUUUUGGCCUUUACCUAUGAAAUUCGCCUGGUGGAAGACGGAAAAUACGGGGCCCAGGAAGAAAACACAGGCCAGUGGAAUGGCAUGGUGAAAGAAUUAAUUGACCAUAAAGCGGAUCUGGCUGUGGCACCCCUUGCCAUCACAUAUUUGCGUGAGAAAGUUAUUGACUUCUCCAAGCCCUUCAUGACACUGGGUAUAAGUAUACUCUACCACAAGCCGAACGGAACUAACCAAGGGGUCUUCUCCUUCCUCAACCCCCUCUCGCCUGAUAUCUGGAUGUAUAUUCUGCUGGCUUACUUGGGGGUCAGUUGUGUGCUGUUUGUCAUAGCCAGGUUCAGUCCCUACGAAUGGUAUAACCCCCACCCUUGCAAUCCUGACUCGGAUGUGGUGGAAAACAAUUUCACCCUGCUAAAUAGUUUCUGGUUUGGAGUUGGAGCGCUCAUGCAGCAAGGAUCUGAACUCAUGCCGAAAGCCAUCUCCACUAGAAUUGUAGGAGGAAUCUGGUGGUUUUUUACCCUCAUCAUCAUUUCCUCCUACACGGCAAACCUUGCAGCUUUCCUCACUGUGGAGAGGAUGGAGUCGCCUAUUGAUUCGGCUGAUGACCUGGCCAAGCAGACCAAGAUAGAGUACGGAGUGGUAGAGGAUGGUGCUACAAUGACUUUCUUCAAGAAAUCCAAGAUUUCCACAUAUGAUAAAAUGUGGGAAUUCAUGAGCAGUAGGCGGCAUUCUGUGAUGGUGAAUAAUGUUAAAGAAGGAAUUCACCGAGUACUCACCACAGACUAUGCUUUCCUCAUGGAGUCAACAAGUAUUGAGUUUGCCACACAACGCAACUGCAACCUCACCCAGAUUGGGGGCCUUAUUGACUCACAAGCCUAUGGGGUUGGAACUCCAAUGGGAUCUCCAUACAGAGACAAGAUCACUAUAGCCAUUCUGCAGCUUCAGGAAGAAGGCAAGCUUCAUAUGAUGAAGGAGAAGUGGUGGCGAGGAAACGGUUGUCCAGAAGAGGACAUUAAGGAGGCCAGUGCCCUUGGUGUCCAGAACAUUGGCGGAAUUUUCAUUGUUUUAGCUGCUGGACUUGUCCUCUCCAUAUUCGUGGCAGUCGGAGAGCUCUUCUACAAGUCCAAGCAACACGCUGAACUUGAAAAGAAGUCCUUCUGCAGUGUCAUGGUAGACGAACUGAGGGUGUCACUGAAGUUUCAGCGCAGGUUCAAACACAAGCCUCGGCCACCCGUCAAGGUGAAAACGGCGGCGGUUAUCAACACGCACACCUCCAACGAUCACAGACUGCCAGGGAAAGAGACCAUAGCAUGA